UCGACCCGCACCAGGUACCCAAUGAGACUAACGGAGUAAUGAUCCUCCCAAAUCACAGACAGACGCCCGAACUUUGCUAGAAAACCCGACCCUUCGUAGAAACCAAACGCCACUCUCCACCGCUCUCUCUCAGACCCAAUUCGUCACAGUGAGAACCCCUGUAGAUGUUAACAUCGGGGCAGCCCCAGUUCCGGUACACCCAGACCCCGUCCAAGGUUUUGCAUCUGCGAAAUCUGCCAUGGGAGUGCACGGAGGAGGAGCUUAUUGAGCUCUGCAAACCAUUCGGCAGGAUCGUAAACACCAAGUGCAAUGUUGGCGCCAAUCGCAACCAGGCCUUUGUAGAAUUCGUAGAUAUAAAUCAGGCUAUUCAAAUGGUCUCGUAUUAUGCUUCCUCUUCAGAGCCGGCACAGGUUCGUGGUAAAAGUGUGUAUACUCAAUAUUCGAAUAGGCAUGAAAUUGUCAACAACAGGAGUCCGGGAGAUACACCUGGAAAUGUCUUGCUGGUAACAAUUGAAGGAGUAGAAGCUGGUGAUGUUAGCAUUGAUGUCAUUCACUUGGUGUUUUCUGCUUUUGGCUUUGUUCACAAAAUAGCAACUUUUGAAAAGGCUGCCGGUUUCCAGGCACUAAUUCAGUUUACUGAUGCUGAGACUGCAAUGUCAGCCAGGAAUGCCUUGGAUGGGAGAAGUAUACCUAGGUACUUGCUUCCCGAGAAUGUUGGGUCAUGUAACUUGCGCAUUUCAUAUUCAGCACAUACGGAUCUAAACAUCAAAUUCCAGUCUCACAGGAGCAGGGACUACACAAAUCCAUAUCUUCCGGUGAAUACUACUGCAAUAGAAGGACUCAUGCAGCCUGCAGUAGGUCCUGAUGGAAAGAAGAAAGAAUUUGAGAGCAAUGUGCUGCUUGCUUCAAUUGAAAAUAUGCAGUACGCUGUCACGGUGGAUGUCCUUCACACUGUAUUCUCUUCAUUUGGGACUGUCCAAAAGAUUGCUAUGUUCGAGAAAAAUGGUGGAACGCAAGCACUAAUUCAGUACCCUGAUAUUACGACAGCAGCAGUUGCCAAAGAUGCGUUAGAGGGACACUACAUAUAUGAUGGUGGCUAUUGUAAGCUUCAUCUAUCAUACUCUCGUCAUACUGAUCUCAAUGUGAAGGCUUACUGUGAAAAAAGUCGCGAUUACACCAUCACGGAUGUUAGUUUGCUUGCAGCACAGCAAGCUUCUGGCCUCCCUACUGCUCCAGCAGCUUGGCAGACAUCUCAGGCUUCUCCAAUGCACCAGUCAACUGAGUAUGCUGCUAGAGCUGCAGCACAAUCUCAAGUUCCCCACUCGCAGGUUCCAUCUUGGGAUCCAAACCCGCGGGCAGCCAGACCAGGCUUUGUGUCAGCUCCUAGCACUUAUCCUGGUCAAACAUAUCCCACCUCUCCAGUUCCUGCAUAUGGUCAUGUGGCAACACCUCUUGGUUCCUCUCCCCUCUCACAAAGCAGCCCAAUGUCUCCUGCUGGGACUUCCAUGAGAAUGCCUCAGCUGGGAAUUCGGCCUAAUUUUCAACCAGGUGAAUCUUCAACUCCAGGUCAGCCUCCGUAUUAUGGUCAAUAACAAAGUUUCUUGCCUUUUUUCAGAAUAUUUGUAUGCACUAAAGAUGCAUCGUGUUGGCAUAUUUUUGAGCCUUUGCUGCUGUUUAAGAAUUCUUUGUUUUAUUUUUUAAAAUUUCGUGCUGAAUGCUUAUGGUUCCUGGGCUUGUAAUACCAUGUAUCAUCUCGUGACAUAAUUCACGCAACUAUCUUAUUAUCAUCGGUCAAUCAAAAACUGUCGCUAUGGUUU